UAAACAACAAGAAAGUCUCUAAUCAGCUGUUCAGCCUAAAGCUUGUGUUCUGUUUUGACAAGAAUUAUUGUUUUCACCUCUAAACAAUGCAAAAAAUGUGUUUUAUUCCGUUUUAUCAGUAGGUGUGAUGAUAUUUUGUGGUGAAGAGCUUUAUUAGUGUCAUUUGAGGCAGAAUGGGAGGACUUGCAAGUCGACAGAAUGCUGGUAUUGAGGAGGUGGACACUGUCUCCAAUCUUGCAUACAAAUAUCCUCCCAAAUCAGGGAACUAUUUUGGUAGCCACUUCAUCAUGGGAGGAGAGCGGUUUGACACACCUGAACCUGAGGCCUAUCUGUUCGGUGAAAAUGCUGAUCUGAAUUUUCUUGGCAGUAGACCCACACCAUUUCCUUAUCCACCCCCGCAAGCUUCUGAGCCAACUAAAACUCUCAAAAGCUUAGUCAACAUUCGCAAAGAAUCUCUUAAAUUUGUAAGGCCCCCUGAUGAAAAAAAUGGAUCCAAUGGUUAUAAUAUUGAAUUUACAUUUGAUUGCGAUGCGCGCUGUUCAAUCACAAUCCACUACUUCGCAACGGAGGAGUACUUGACCUCUGGAAUGGCAUAUGUUCCUCGAGAUCCUAAUUUAAGCUCAGAGCCAAUUCAGUUCAAAAGAGGUGCUGGGCAAACAUACGUCAACACACAGCACGUCUUUGAUCCGAGCAAAUUCUCAAAUGAGGAACUUCUCUACUCACCUGAAAAAGAGGUCAUUCCUGUUGCGAUCCAUUGUAUAGUUGACGAAGGGCCUGAAGAAGUACGCCAAUCCCAUACCACUAUAGCUGUUGUUGAACAUCACUCAGAUGGAACGUAUGUUUUGAAGGCCUUGAAGCAGAAACUUUUUGUAGAUGGACUGUGUUAUUUGUUACAAGAAAUUUAUGGCAUUGAGAAUAAGAACAAUGAGUUGGCUAAAUUGAGCUCGCAAGACGAGCCGGAGGAUGGCGGUUGUGAAUGUGUCAUAUGUAUGUGUGAUGUCCGAGAUACUCUCAUUCUACCUUGUCGUCAUUUGUGUUUGUGCAAUGCCUGUGCUGAUUCUUUGCGUUAUCAAGCAAAUAAUUGUCCAAUCUGUCGUUCCCCAUUCCGAGCUCUGCUCCAGAUCAGAGCCCUUCAGAAGUCAUCCUCACACUCAUCAACAGAGAAUGACAACAUUCCCCCUGGAUAUGAGGCUGUCUCAUUGAUAGAAGCUCUAAACGGUCCACAUGCUACCCGCCCAAAUCCACCAUUAGAUUCCAUGGCUGAAACCCCCGACUCAGAAACAAACGGCCAGGCUGCUCAAAUCUUGAACAGAUCAAAUAUAGAUUGCUCUACUCUAAAAUCAAAUAAAUCCAAACUGAAUUCUUCCGAUGCCUCUGAAGUGAGGUCGAUUACUGAACGUUCCUUCUCAAAUUCUAAGUUACGAAUGUCAGUUCUUUUGGCAAGAGAAGAGGAAAAGUCGAGUGGAAGGAGUUCACUACCGAGAGAUAAAAGUGCCAUCUUAAGGCACCCGAGGGAUUCUGUUAGCUUUAUCAAUGAAAAGCAGCAAGAUGAGACUGGUGAUGAGGACAGUGAAGCAGAAAAACUCUCGCCUCUACUAGACGCAGCAACAAGCACUGACAAUGCACCGUCCGUUCCAAGUUUGGAUUGCAGCCCCCAAAACAGUAACCACUCGCAGGAGAAGAAAUCUCCUGAUAAGGAUGAAGAGUUCUACACACCAGACGACACAUCUGUCACAGUACUCACAUCGGUCCCUGAAAAAAACCGGAGUCAUAGUAAUGGUAUAAGUUGUGUUAUGGUGAGCCGCGCUUGGCCCGGCGGUGUCUCUUUGCCAGGCACUCCGCUCAGCUCCUCGAGUCACAGGUCCAGCGGAGACAGCUACAGCUCUAACUGCUCUAGCAAGCUCCUCCUAACGUCAGCUGCGGAGGCUCCCACCGCUGCAACAACUAAAAUAACUAACUGACGUCUACCACGGAACCGCCGCUCACGCUAAUUUGCUUGCGGCGGAUAAAGCUUGUAUUAAGCUACUCCAUGUUGAGAGAUCAGAACUGUAAUGAUUACAUCGUGCUCCACAGAGAGAAUCAUGUCAGCAACAAGUUAGCUAUCUGGACAAUUAGUCAUAAUAGAGAGAAACCAUGGACAGUGAACGUUCGUGCAUCUUCAUAGUUUCCUUUUCGAAACUAGUUCAAACUUUGAAAAGUUCAAGGGAUAUAUUAAAAACUUUAACUUUUAGUGAAAAUUAUUUCACAAAAAUAUGCCGACCAAUGAAUGCGAUAGCAUCAAGGUCUCCCUUAAAUUUUCGCAUAUGAAUGAGUUUUUAAUAUGCUCACUCAUACUUGAAUUCAUGAAGAUCUAAUUAAUUGUGAUUCAGGAAUGUUAUGCAAUUGGCUCAGCAAAACCUGCUGUAUUUUCUCCGUGACCACUGUUGGCUACUGAAUGGAUGGAUAAAUAAAAAGUUUGUGACCUGAGGGAUUGACAGGCCCAAAUUUCCAUGACCAUCCUCAACGCUCCGAAAGCCUCUCUUUUUCUCAGAUUUGCAAUGUUCAAACAGUGUGGACGCUCAUUUAGUAAUGGUUUUAUAGGUUUAUAUUUCGUGCUUUGCUGUAUGGAUGAAAUAGAACAACUGCAACUAAACUCGAAUUACGAUAGAGAUAUUCUUCACAAAAACGACGUUUAAGCUUUGUAGUCUUGCACAGACUGUGUAACUUGCAGCAAACCAAUGAACUCGAAUGGUAAUAAUUUUUAAGAAAAAUUUGUAAAAAUACGGCACAUUUUUAAGGUAAAAGUUUCAUUUGGACCUUUGGAUUGUUUAUCAACGUAUGAAGCGUUUAAUUCUCAAUCUGAGCGGAAUUGCAAAACUCAUAUCGAUGACUAAAAUGCGAAACCAUGAUUCUCCAUUUUGGUGUUUCGAAAUCUCUGCUCCUUUUAUAUUUUCAAAAGAGAAACAAGUCCAGUAUAUAGCUUGAAAUUUCUGUGGAAUAUAUUCUAUCAAUAAAGAAGAAAGAUUAGGGAGUUGUCAAGAAAUUGAAUUGAUCUUUUUUCCAAAGACCUAAGAAAGUAUGACAGGAAGUCUGCAAUAUCGCAAGUGGUAUGUGUUUUCGUAUCUUGACCAUUGAUGUCUCAUUUCUACAAAAAAUAGCUUAAUUGUAAUCAUUGAAGAUCUUUAAAAAAAUCAUUCAAGCAGCUGCUUUCUGCGUGAUACGGAUUAGAAUAUUUUUGGGUGUAAUUCAUCGUAGAAAUGGAUCGAUAUUCUUAUUAGAAGAUUUGAUGAAUUUAACAUUUUGACUCUUCACCGGUCCUCAGUAGGAGCUACGGUAGGAAAAUAUUUAAAAUGGUUUUGAAUAUUCUUUUUCACCCCAUGUUAUCACAUUAGCCCGGUUCAGUGCCCUCAUCAAUAAUUGUUUUGUUAUCAUUCUACCAAGCUCUCCUCUGGCUAAUGUUAAAAGUAUUAUUCCAAUAAAGUUUCUUCCAAAUACAUUGUAGCAAAUCCCAAUAAUCUUAGAUCUUAUUCAGUGAGGAAAAUAUCUCUUGCUCCAUUCUUGCUACAUCUUGCCUUCACGAAGUUUCUUUUCAGAGAAUCAAACACAACUUGAAAUGGUAAAAUUCCACUGAGAAUUGGACCAAAUUUUGCAAAAAGAAAUUGCUAUUUGUGGCUCAAUUUGGAAACAACACAUAUUCUAUUGGUUUCCCUGUGCAGAAAGGUGCUUUUAUGGAAGAGCCAGAGAUGGUGGUUCCUUGCUGCAAAAUGUAAUCCAAUAAUUACUAGCAUGCAGGUUGGUAAAAUCAUAGUAACUUUUUGAUUUUAGAUAAUGUUGUAUCAACGAAAUUUAGACCUUCAAAUCUUCACCAUCAGACUGAGUUUCAGGAAUUUUUAGGAAUUUCUUACGUCUAGACGUUCUAAAUUUUGACAAUUGGUCUGCUGGUUAAGUACUGUUUUGACUGUAAAAAUCUUUAUCUGAAAGCAGUGUAGUACGAAUGUAGCAUUACAAUGCCUGAGCUCCAGAUCAUUGUAAGUAUUUCAGUUGCAACUUUUCAAAAUUGCAGGGCCUUAUCAAAAUCUGAGGACACAAUAAUGUGCAUGUAGCAGCAAAGAAUGCACUCUCUGCCAGUCAGGAGUCUCUGAAAUUGCUGCUCAAGUCAGAAAAUAAUUUCAAUUGUGAAUCAGUUUCGGUAGAUUUUAGAACAGAAAAUUUUAAUCAUAACGACUCAAGUUUGUACAAUUCAAUCCUGUAAUAGUGAAUAAACACCGAGAAAAUUUCAAGCCUCUCUUGAUUUAUUUUCCCUCAAGGAAUGAAAUAUGCACAGAAAUUUUGAAACGUUGCAACGGAUUUGCGCUGAGCUGGAGCUCAGGCAUCACCUAUUUUAAUUAGAAUUAGGAUCAUGAUGAUUCUAGGAAAUCUUGUUAUCUCAUAACUCAGUUUAAGUUUGUGUACAGACAUGCUCCUAUUUAUUUGUAAUUAAGGCUGUUAGAUUGUAGGCAGUACCCAUUUGACUUUGAUUUUAGUCUGACUUGUAAGUAUCCCUUUUUUUUGUAUUCUUGUAUGUACAUUAAAUAUUUUUUAUAAACGUU